GGCUCUUGUAUCUGUCAAUCUUUUUGCAGUUCAGACAUUAAAACAUGUUCAACGCACGAAUCAGCGUCUUUGGCAUAUUGAUGCUUUUGUUCGGCAGUUCCACUAAGGGAUUGCAAGUAUUUCGAGGAGGAUGUCCAUUAAACAUGACAGCCGUUGGUGAAUUUUAUAUGAACUACUACGUGGGCAAGUGGUACACGUACUCAAUGUAUCCAUCCCUUCAUAAAAAAAUGAACAAAUGUCGAUCGAUCAAAAUUGAUAAGUUGCCAAAUGGUAAAUAUCACGAAACAAUGACGGAGCUACACAGCUUAAAGGAGACUUUGAUAGUAAAAAAAGUGGAUAUUGAUUCCGUGGAUUCAAAGGCUGGUAAAUUCACAUUAAAAACAUCUUCCCCUGCCUUUGUUGGUGGCCUGGACAUAUAUGUGCUGGUCACUGACUAUGAUAAAUUUGCUAUACAGUUCUUGUGCAUUAAUUCCAAUGACGUUAUUAACUUUCAAUAUGCUGCCAUACUGACACGCCAACGGUCACCAUCGCAGACUGUUGUAUUCGAGAUUCAACAAAUCGCCCAACGACUUGGCAUACAAAUUGAUAAACUCAAAGUCGUUCCUCAGAAUGGCUGCCCACCCGAUGCAUAACAGAUUCUAUAUACACUACCUUGGGUUAAUUUCAUAUAAUUAUAAGUAUGGUCCAAAAAUCAUAUUAAAUAUCAUUGAAAUAUAAUCAAAUUAAAUGACAUUUAAA